CAUUAUAGUGUACAAAAAUUUGCAGCAAAUGCAAUUUUGUCAUAAUUACAAUUAUUGACUCUGAGAUAAGCUAAACAUGUUAGAUAGUCUAUUAAUAGGUUUUAGAAGCGAAUCAAUAAAGAAAUAUGAUAUUCGAGAAGACUGCAACUUUCUAUGCAUUAUUAGACUGAACAAAAUCUUGUUCCGCCUUUUUUCAGAUUGAUUAAUUAGAGUCACAUUUUGCUGUGUUCUCAAAAUAUAAAUAAAGCGAACAACUAUUACAAUAUAUAUCAUAACUUUUUGUUGACUUUCGCAUGCAAUAUACAAAAUAAGGUUAGAUAUCUUUACUUGGAAACAAUUACAUGUACUUUGUAACAAAUCUCUUGUGAAUAAAACUAGACGAUAAUAAAAAUGAAAAUCGAUACUCAAGUGACUUUCUUUUAACUUUACAUCGUUGAUAAAUUCAGACAUAUUCUAUUGAUUUGAAAGUUGAAAAUUGUGUGAAUUUGUUGUGCCAAGUAUCCUAAUGUUAAGUAUGAAGCUAUAACACUUAAGGCUGAUUCAAUAAAAAAAAAGUUGUAGUUAAAACACUUUUCCAUUAUUUGAUGCAUGUAUCCAAUUACAUACUUUUCUACAGUAUCGUGUGUGUUUCUAAAAAUAUUGUCCGACAGCGCGAUAGACAAAAAUUUAAGUUUCAAUAUUUAUGAUCAUCAAUGAAAAAAUUAUUGUAAUAGAGAAGAGGCAUGUAGCCAUGAAUGUAUAUUAACAGAACUAAAAAGAAUCCUCGGAAUACAGAUAUAGAAUGAUGUUAUACUAUAAUACGAAUAGAACAGAAUUUCACUUCAUAUAUGUCUUUGCUAUAUCUAUCAUCAGACAAUAUUUCUAGAAACACAGAUGAUACUCUAGAAAAACUAUGUAUUUGUAUGUAUACAUCAAGUAGUAAAAGAAAGUGUCUUAAUUACAAUUUUAUAUUCCAUCGAUCUAAGCCAAAAAUUGUUUCAUACUUGAUAUCGGAAUAUUUGACAUAGCAAACUACAGAAUUUCAAUUGAAAUGUCAGGUCAUCACUUGAAAAUAUCUUUUUAUCAAAUUUCAUUAUAACUUGUUUAUUAAUAAGAAAAUCGUACUAUUGAAGGUUUUCAAACGAAAUUAAAAACUUCAAACUGAGCAUACAUAUGUACACAUAUGGUCAUUCACGUAGCAACCAAGAGAUUUGCGUUUAUAUCGUUCUAAAAAUGCCGAUAAAUCAUAUUGCUUGAACUAUCGAAUAUCUAAAAAGUGAUCGCAUCUAUUUUUUUUUGUUUUAGGUCGUGGACGAUUUAACUCAAGGAGUAAGUAUCUCAUGUCAAUAUAUAAAAAAUAAUAGUUUCAUUUAUUUAACCUGAAGUUCAGAUGAGCAUCGUGUAAGUCGUCAGAUAUGUAUACAAAUUAAUAACAUAUUUAUUGUUUUAGGUUUAAUCUCUACUCAGAAUGGAAGGACCGGAAUCUCGAAAACCUCUAAUCAGUUUUCGGGAUCGACUCUAGAAGUUUUACUGUAACUGUUUUUUGAUUUCUUACGAUCCGAAACCUUUUGUCGAAAACCCUUAAUGAUUUUCAGAGAGUAAGAAAACGGAAAUUUUCCAUAAGUUUUUGGAAUAUGGCUUUUGUUUGAAGAGUAUAAUAGUAGUGAAUUCUACUGUCAAUCGAUACAAAACUGAAGAGCAGCGCUCGUUACAUUUCCUCGUCUAGAGAGAUUAAGAUAUUCAUGAAAGCGUAAAAACUCUAUUUGUCUUACUAAGUUUCAGGACUCUAUAUAAGAUACUUCGCAAACAUUUAUCUUUGAAUAGACUAUCCUCUUUACAGACCCCAUUUGAGAUGUACGUGAAAAAUCGACUCAUAUUCUGGUAAAGAAACGGUCAGAUCUCGAAAUCAGUUCACUUCUUGAUGACCGCAUCCGACUCAACUUAGAAUGAUACUAUGAAAGGCAUACCUCUUUCAUAGAAAGGAUUUCUAAACGAUGGAAUUCCACAACAGUUGCAAUUACUCCUGAUCCAAACUAAUAUUUGAUCAAUUUUUCGAGGUGCCGAUCGGAGUUUGCUAAUAAUUCGAUGAAACUUAAUAUUGUUCGUUCAAUGAUGACUCUUCGAUCUAACGAAAAGUGACAUUCCGAAAUGUCGAUCUGAAAGUUCAGUAUCCUCGAAAUAUUCAUCUGUCAUGAAUUUCGACAGGUUCUGAUAGAUUGAAUUCACAGGAAUUCGAGCGAUCAAUAUUCCUAGCACUCAACGUUUUAAUAAUAUUUAAAAGUUUUUCAUUUUCAGCAUUUCAUUGUUUUCGAGUCCUUGAAGUCUAUCGGAUAUUCUUGUACAAGAGAAGAGUCAAACAUAUUAAGAAAAUAGUAGCAUAUACCGGAAAUAACAAGACUUUCCGAAACUAGAACCGCAGUGUUAUUUCAUCCUUCGCCACUCGUACGAGCUGGUCGUUGUAGAUACCAUAUCAUAACAGAUGAUAUUGCACUGAUGGAACAGCGUCUGAGCAUAACUCUAUAAAUACUUCGUUAUCUUUUAUUUCUAAUAGGACAAUGCAUUCCAAGAUUUGUUGGACCAACGACUUAUCCAGCUUCCGCUGGAACGUACUUCUUGGCAGUAGGUGAUUUGAAUAAUAAUGGGCAUCUUGAUAUUGUUGCCACAAAUAAUAAAUCAGCAACUAUCACCGUUUUUUAUAAUAAUGGUCAUGGCAGAUUUCAUCGUCAAAAGACCUAUUCAACUGGUGGUACUGGUUCAGACGUAGAUACUUUAACGCUUGCUGAUCUAAAUCACAAUGGUUAUCUCGACAUUUUGGCACCCAAUUAUGGUUUAGAUUACAUUGGUAUUUUCCUGAAUCGACGUGAUGGUACAUUUGCUCCUCAAGUGAUUUUGUCGACGGGUGCUGGCUCAGGACCGAUCUCUGUGGCAACCGCUUAUCUCAAUCACGAUCGUUAUCUCGAUAUUGUUGUAGCAAAUAGUAAAGGUAACAACAUUGGUGUUAUCUUUAGUAGAGGUCGUAACCUAUAUGCUCCUAUGGUAACCUAUUCAACCGGCUCUAAUUCAGCGCCAAGAUCUGUAGCAGUAGCUGAUCUCAAUGGUGACCAUAAAUAUGACAUUAUUGUUGCAAACCGCGACGGAAACAACAUAGGUGUUUUCUUCAAUCAACGUGGUGGCAUAUUCGAUCCUCAGAUAGUUUAUUCUACUGGAAGUGGAUCGUUACCAAGAUCUGUGUCAAUCGCUGACUUGAAUGGUGACCACAAACUCGAUGUUAUUUGUGUCAACAGCGGUACUAACACCAUUGCCAUUUUUCUCAAUUCAGGUAAUGGUACACUCAUCCUUUACAAGACUCUUCCAACUGGUUCGUUACCGAGAGGUGCGGCAGUCGGAUAUAUCAAUAAUGAUAAAAAACCUGACAUUGUCUACGUAAAUACCAAUGACAACAACUUUGGUCUUUAUCGCAACAGCGGCCUUGGUCAAUUUAUUUCUCAAGGACCUUAUUCAAUUGGUGCUGGAUCUGAACCAUUUGGAGUGGCUACAGGCGAUUUUGACGGGGAUGGACUGGAUGACGUUGCUACGGCAAACUUCGGUACAGGCAGUGUUAGCGUAUUUAUCACUGCUUGCCGUUAA